CAACGGUGUUCGCUGACGUUGAGGACACAGUUGGAAUUGGAUUGGAUUUGAAAGAAGAAGCUAUCGAGAGACGUCGUCGCUGUCGUCGUCGUCGAUACCGCCCACAACCACCUUCAUUUCUUCAUACACCCUCCAAAAUCACAUAAUGCGCUGGCUGCCCGCUUUCCUUACGGCCUCGCUGGCCUUUGCCGGCGGGUCGCUGGCAGCAAAGAAGACGACCGAUGAGCGCUUCAACUCCUUCCACGCCAAAUCCAUUGCUUCCUCAUCCGCCGCCCCGAUCAAGCUCAGCGAUGCUUCCUACCGAGAGCUCACCGGUCAACCCCGCGAUUACACCGCCGCCGUAGUCCUGACCGCCAUGGACUCCCGCUUCAACUGCCAGCUCUGCCGCGAGUUCCAGCCUGAGUGGGAUCUACUUGCGCGCAGCUGGGUCAAGGGUGACAAGGCUGGUGAAUCGAGGGUUCUGUUUGGUACUCUGGACUUUGCCGACGGGAGAGAGAUUUUCAUGAGUCUCGGCCUCCAAACUGCCCCUGUCCUCCUCCUCUUCCCACCCACCGUCGGUCCCCACGCCGUCGCCAACAGCGAGCCCCUCCGUUAUGACUUUUCCAACGGCCCUCAAAUCGCCGAAGUAGUCCACACCUGGAUCGCCCGCCACCUCCCCGACCGCCCACACCCCCCCGUCAAAAGACCAAUCAACUGGAUGCGCUGGAUUUCCACCACUGUCCUCACCCUCGGCAGCCUGACAGCCUCGUACGUCGCCUGGCCUUACAUUGUGCCUGUGCUCCAAUCCCGCAACAUCUGGGCCGCCGUCACACUCAUCUCUAUUCUCUUGUUCACCUCGGGCCACAUGUACAACCACAUCCGCAAGGUCCCGUACGUUGCUUCGGAUGGUAAGGGGGGUAUCAGCUACUUUGCCUCUGGGUUCCAGAGCCAGUACGGAUUGGAGACGCAGAUUGUUGCCGCUCUUUAUGGUUUGUUGUCUCUGGCGGGCAUCUCCCUUGCGAUCAAGGUGCCGAGAAUUGGGGACUCCAAGACGCAGGGGGUUGCGGUGCUGGCGUGGGGUGGGGUGUUCUUUUUCACGUAUGCGUUUUUGCUGAGCGUGUUUCGGGGGAAGAACCCGGGGUAUCCUUUUAGGCUGCCUCCUUUUGUUUAAGGGAGUGAUCUGGGGCGAGGGGUGGAAGUGGGAAGAGGUGCCUGGUGAAACAAGCACGAGAGAAGAAAAGCAAGGCUGUGGCGGUUCUUGAAGAAGAGAUAUAAAACGAGAUGUGUGUAUAACAGUACCCUUUACUCAGCUCAGGGGGUUGCUUCUUUUCUCUGGGAUUUGAUAUGGUAUUUAGCAUGUAAAACGGCGUAAAAGAUUUUGGAACUGGAAAAUGAUGAGAAUCUUGGAAGCA